CACGGAAUCCAGUGAGGGACGCGCGCCGUCAUGGCUGCAGGCACGGAGGAUGGCGUAGCUUCGGCUCCAAUGGCCUCCGAUGGUGGUGUCAACAAAAGCACAAAAUCUAGGGAGGAGCUAGUAGUCCAAGUUCCUGUGAUAGAUGUGCAAAGCGACAACUUCAAGGAGAUGUGGCCGUCCCUCCUGCUGGCCAUAAAGACAGCUAGCUUCGUGGCUGUUGACACGGAGCUGAGUGGGCUAGGGGACAGGAAGAGUUUGCUGAACCAGUGCAUUGAAGAACGUUAUAAGGCUGUGUGUCAUGCUGCCAGGACCCGUUCUGUGCUGUCACUGGGCCUUGCCUGUUUCAAGCAGCAGCCAAAUAAGGGUGAACAUUCCUACCUGGUCCAGGUGUUCAAUCUCACUCUGCUGUGCACGGAGGAGUAUGUUAUAGAACCAAAAUCUGUGCAGUUCCUGGUACAGCAUGGUUUCAACUUUAAUCGGCAGUAUGCCCAGGGCAUUCCCUACCAUAAGGGCAACGACAAGGGUGAUGAGAGUCAGAGCCAGUCAGUGCGAACAUUGUUCCUGGAGCUGAUCAGAGCCCGCCGGCCCCUGGUGCUGCAUAAUGGUCUUAUAGACUUGGUGUUCCUGUACCAGAACUUCUACGCCCACCUGCCUGAGAACCUGGGAACCUUCACCGCUGACCUGUGUGAGAUGUUCCCGGCAGGCAUUUAUGACACCAAAUAUGCUGCAGAGUUUCAUGCCCGAUUUGUGGCCUCCUACUUAGAAUAUGCCUUCCGGAAAUGUGAGCGGGAAAAUGAGAAGCAGCGGGCAGCUGGCAGCCCACAUCUUGUCCUGGAGUUCUGCAGCUAUCCUUCUAGCAUGAGGGCCCAUAUUGACUACCGCUGCUGCAUGUCCCCUGCAGCCCACCAUCCUCAUCCCACCAGUAUCUGUGACAAAUUCUCGGCCUACGGCUGGUGCCCUCUGGGACCACAGUGUCCUCGCUCCCACAAUAUUGAUCUUAUCAUUGACACCGACGAGGCUGUGGCAGAGGACAAGCGGCGACGGCGACGACGGAAAGAAAAACGGAGGAGGGCUCUGAUGAAUCAGCCUGGAACAAAGACCUCUGGAGAAACUGAAGAUGGUCCUCCCACUAAGCAGGUCUGUGGGGAUGGUGUGAAGGCUGAGGAAACUGAACAAAAAGUGGCCAAGGAUGAAGCCAAGGACCAGUCUGGCUGUGACCAAGAUCACAAAAAUAAUUUGGGGCUGGAGCUUAAGACAACCCAGUCUGGAAUAGCCGAUAUGACUGCCUCAGAAGUGCCAGGGAGUCACGCAGGUCCUAACCCAGUGCCUGGGGAUGGACUACACCGGGCUGGUUUCGAUGCUUUUAUGACAGGUUAUGUGAUGGCCUUCGUGGGAGUGAGCCAGGAACUCCCGUCCUGCAGCUCUGAACCCUGGCUACCUGAAUGUCACAACAAAGUGUAUCUGAGUGGCAAAGCUGUGCCUCUCACAGUGGCCAAAAGCCAGUUCUCUCAUUCCUCCAAAGCUCACAACCAGAAGAUGAAGCUGGCUUGGGGCAACAGCUGACCCAGCUCCUACCUGGCACUCUCCCCAGGAAGAGAAACUGAGAACAGAACAGAGGUAUUGAGCCUCUGUAGCCUGUGAAUACACUUCCAACUAAAAGCAUUGAGAGUGGAUAAAGGGGGACAGGGUAAAGAAGCCCCAGCAGAGAUCCU